UUUAAAGAAAACAAUUCUUUCAAAAUGGAAGUUCUUGUCGUUCCCUAAAUGAUCGUAAAAUUGUCACAGAAAUAAGAGUGUACGGCACAAUUUCAAUUAAUAAGCCAUGGGGUCUUUAUUUAGCCGUAAGAAAGAGCCCGCGAAACCUGAAAUAACAGAACAAGACAAGGCUGUUUUGGCUUUGAAGCAGCAAAGAGAUAAAUUAAAGAAAUAUCAGAAAAAGAUUGAACAAAACUUAGAAAAGGAAAGACAGCUUGCCAAGGAGCUGCUWCAGCAAGGAAAAAAGAACAAAGCAAAGCUCUUACUCAAGAAGAAAAGAUACCAAGAACAGCUUCUKGAAAGAACAGACAAUCAAUUAGAAAACCUGGAAAAGAUGACCCAGGAUAUAGAAUUUGCGCAAGUACAGAUCCAAGUAGCAGAAGGGCUGAAGAAAGGAAAUGAAUGUCUUCAUCAGUUGCAUGAGAUUAUGUCCAUAGAAGAAGUUGAAAGAAUAAUGGAUGAAACAAAGGAAGCUGUAGAAUACCAAAAGGAAAUUGAUGACUUGUUGAGUGGUGGUUUGUCAGAUGAAGACAAUGAUGCUGUCUUGAAAGAACUGGAGGAACUUCAAGAUGCUGUCGGUGAGAAAUUGCCAGAAGUACCAAAGAACGAUCUUGAAAUCAACCUCCCUGAGGCCCCCACGCAAGAACCAGCCGAGAAGAAGACCAAAACAGAGACAAAGGAGAGAGAAAUGGUAGCAGCGUAGUCAUUAGAAUAUAAUUUUUUUAAAUUUUAAUUGAAAAGUACUAGUUACAUGUAAUAGCAGACAGUACAGUUUCUUAAGAGCCAUGUUAUACAGCUAUAUCAAUAAGGUUGAAUACUGCAUUGAACUGAAUCUAGAAUAAUGUAAUAGUCCAUAUAGUACAAAAGGUAUGACUUAAAUGAAAUAGAAUACAUUCCACAGUAGCCUACAAUACUUUGGUACAAACAUCUUUUUGUUCAUAUGGCUAAACAUGGUGUUGUUUGUACUGGAGCAAGACAACAUAAAAGAUCUCUACAAGCUAGUGUAGCUUAGCCAGUUCAUAGAAUGCAUAGAGUUGUUUAAUUUGUUUUAUGUGCACUGAAAAUAACUAUCAAAGUUUCUGCUGGUAAAGAACAAAACAAAGAUUUAGAUAAAUGAGUGCGAGACCAACUACUAUUUAAAAUCUCACUGAUCUUUCAUCAUCAAAUGAAAUCUUCUCAAAAACAACUUCAAACAUACAUGGGUAACAUAAAGUAGUCUGUGUUGUAUCUUUAGAUAUUACUAUUCCACCAAUGAAUGUGUACAAGUUAUUGCAUUGUAAUUAUAAUAAUAAAUGUAGGUAYGAAAUGUAACAAAUUAAAUAUUAGCAUCAUUCUA